GGCAGCAACGUUUCGACAGCGACUAGUUUAGGUAAACCUCAAAUCGCAAUCGCACGGCAACGGCUACGGCAACGACUACCCGAGUACGGCAAGCAGCACACAGGCGCACAUACCUCAGAGUGAACAGUGUAAAGGCGCUGUUGUCACUGAAAUAAAAGCAAAGCGAAGCACCACAAAAAGGAAAUGACGAUAAAACGAGGGAAAGAAUUCUGUCGAUUUUUAUUCGUCGCUCGCGUAGACUGCGAAACUUGAAAGUGAAUUGAAAAUAAUUUUUACUGUCAGUGGCGUAAAGGAGGUGAUUUUGAAGAUAAAGUGUAGUUUUUCAGGCGCAAAGGAGUCACUAUUGACGUAUUUUCAAUUGAGCCAUUACGACUCAUCCACCACCACCACAAAUACCAUUGUCAUUAUCAUCACUACCACAGUUGCGAGUGGUACAAACACUAGCAACAAGCAACCACCAGUGCAACCACUGUUUCGCUAACCAGCAUUGCCAUCGAUCGAUCCAUCUGCCAGCAACAGAAAUAGCAACGGGCACAUAUAUUUAUCAGAGAGUACAUUUAAAGUUGUCAGCGUGAUCGUCAUCAUAAACACAGCUGUCCUCAAUAUGACAAGCAACAAGGACACUGCGUCGUUCUUCGAGAACGGGACAACGCAUCAAUUCGAAUACUGUUAUAAACUUUAUCCACAAGUGCUGAAGCUAAAGGCAGAGAAACGCUGCAAAAAGCCUCAAGAACUUAUUCGUUUGGAUGAAUGGUAUCAAAAUGAAUUGCCAAAGUUAAUAAAAGCACGAGGGAAGGAUGCGCAUAUGGUCUAUGAUGAAUUGGUACAGACCAUGAAAUGGAAACAGUCUCGUGGUAAAUUUUAUCCACAACUUUCGUACCUGGUCAAGGUAAACACACCUCGUGCUGUUAUGCAGGAGACAAAGAAAGCUUUCCGAAAACUGCCUAAUCUAGAACAGGCCAUAACGGCGCUAUCAAAUCUUAAAGGUGUCGGCACGACUAUGGCUUCGGCGCUGUUGGCGGCUGCUGCUCCUGAUUCAGCACCGUUUAUGGCAGACGAGUGCCUAAUGGCCAUUCCAGAAAUUGAGGGUAUCGAUUAUACCACCAAGGAGUACCUCAACUUUGUGCAACACAUCCAGACUACAGUUGCACGCUUGAAUACAGAGGCUGGCGGAGAAACACCACAUUGGUCUCCGCAUCGUGUGGAAUUGGCACUCUGGGCACAUUAUGUGGCCAACGACUUGAGUCCGGAACUUUUGGAUGAAAUGCCAGGACCAGGUGCUGGCGUUAGUGCAAAUACCAAUGGUAGCACAGUUAAGGUAGUACAGACAGAUAAAGUGCUUGUAGGAGAGGAUACCAAUGAUGGAGAUGAGGAGAGUUUAGGCGCAGCUGACAAUGAAAUCAUUAAUCCAGCACCGAUUGCGACAGCGCCGACUGCCCUGCAGGAUGGCGACUCAAACUUUGUUUCGAACGACUCCACCUCACAAGAACCCAUCAUUGAUGAGAAUACAACUCAGACCACAGCAACAACCUCAACCGACGACGGCGAAGUGGGCACACCGCUCGCAUCCGAUUCAGAGAGCAACUUGGAGGCACCCGAAAAGGCUAAACUUAAACUUAAUAAUAGUAACAGUAGCAUAAAUGCGAAUACAAAUAGUAAUAGCGAUGUUGUAGGCAUUGCACAUGGUGUCGGUGACAACAGCAACAACUGCAGGCAGAAAGCUGUUAUCGAUGCGUUAGUUGGUAAUAGCAAUGGUAAUGGUAACGGUACUUUAGUGUCUUUGGGAGCAGCCGGCAGUGAUGGGGAGAAUAGCAGUUGCCUACGGUCAACAGGCAACGAAGAGGCAAGCGAGGACGAUGUCGAUGCUGAGGAUGACAGCAGCAACAGCAACAGCCGCCACAUCGAACAGAGCGACAAAUCGAUAACCCCGCUAUUUGGUGGCAAUUUGAACGAUUCUAGAAAUUACACAAACGCCAACGCCAGCGAUUCUAACAACGAUUCCACGCUUAGUAGUGCUGCCGGUGUCGUAUCGCAAAAGCGUGUACUGCAAUGUGACGGCGCAAGCGAUGUUGACGGUGUUUUUACAGCGGAUGAAGCCAACAGUCAACCAGAACCGAAAAAAAUAAGAAGUGAUUAGGUAGAAGACGCAGAGCAAAGUUUGUGAACGGUCUGGAGGGGUAAAGCGGUUUAAUUAGGGCGUAAUUAAAAAUUUAGCAUAUAAGGAGCAAACGCGCUGGCCUGUGGGCAGGUGAAAAGACACAUACCUAACAAUAAUAACACUACAACGUGCCGCUAUUUAGAAAUAUGGGCGAAACAGCGCGUGUAGCAAUGCAGGAUCACAUUAAUUCUAUAAUUUUAAGUAAAAUUUUUACGGUUAACAUCUUAAUAACACAUACUGAAGUGUAAAACAAUAGUAAGCUAUAGGCGAGCGAAAAAAGCAAAGGAAAUGCGUUUAUCAAGCGUUUAAAUAUGCCAAAAAAAUAUUUGACAUAAAAAUCGUUAUUGAUGUUUGUAAGCCGAAUUAACGAAAACUCGACGUGCAGUUAUCACAGAAGAAAUGCUAUUAUGCAGCAGUAACAAAUGCCUUGAAACUAUACAGCGCCCAGAAAUAACUUGCACUCGCUUGCAUGCUUUCUGUUUCGAGCAGCUGUAAAAUUUGCAUUUUAUUGCCGUUUUUAAUUUACCAUUCAUACACAAGUAAUUUUAUUUUUAUUUUUUAAUAUCAGCUAUUUAUCAAUAAAUAAGAAAAGCUUCAAAAUUAACACUUUCUUGAAAGCAAAAAAAAAAAAGUACUUUAGUUUAAUAAUAUUUUUUACAUAGUUUAUCAUUAAAGCGUAUUUAUUUCUGCAUUUUUACCACAAAAGAGAACACUUCAAAACAAUACUUUAAUUAAAGAACUAGAAAAAAACUACGUACAUGUUUAUUAGUUUACGCUAAAUGUAAAAAAUAUCCAAAUAUGUACGUGCAUAUACUUACUAAAAGGAAACAGAUAUAAUGAAAGUUGGGAGGAAAUGUGAGUAAAUGGAAAAGUGUAAGAAUACAAUUAUUGAGAUAAGCAUUGCAAAAUCAUAACACGAAAUUAUAAUUAUUAAAAUAAUAAAAAUACAGUAAGUAAUUCAAGUUAUUUUUAAUUAAUUAGUAACGUAAUGUAUACUACAUACUUUAAAGCAAAAUUACAAUACAACACACCAAACCACUCACCUACAUCCAUAAAUACAUGCAAACAAAUAAACAUUCUACCAACAGAUUCAAGCACACACUUGCAAAAAAUUUACUACAUAAUAAACAGUGAUAAAAACAACAUGAAUUGGUUCUAUUUUCCACAUGCUAUUUUUUUUUAAGUUAAGCGGGUAAAUUUGUUUGAUUAAAAGUUUUUAAAAUUUACUUUAACUUCGGCAAGCGCCAAAAAGAUUCAGCUAAAUAUUUUCAGUUUGAUCUAAAAGCGAAUCUAUGCAUGCAUAUGUAAGUGUGUAUGUAUGUACAUGCAUAACAAACAUUUCUAUCGCCAACAUUCUUUUCUAUUUAAGCAAAUGAAAGUAUAUUAAAAAAAAUAAUAGACAAAUACGCAAAGUGAUCAACAAAUUCCACUACUACCUUAAAUAAAAAGCAAAAUAUAAAAUACAAAUCGAAAAUUUUUACAAUAGCGCAUUUACAACUUAUAGAGAGCAAGCAAAAACCAUAUACAAGAAAUCGGUAAAUAAUUUUAGGUACACAUAAUGACAUUUAGUUGUAAUAUAAAUAAGAAACAUUUAUUAACAAAUAUAGAAGAAAAGAAAAAAAUGAGAUAUUCAAGCAUAAAAUAAAUUGAAAGGCAUAAAUAUACUUAGGUAAUAAAAAUUUUGUAGUAAAAAAAAUCAAAGCGCAGCAUAAAUAUUGUAGUAUUAUACAAUAAAACCUGGGGUCUAUUUAACAAGAUAAGUUGGGAAUAUACCUUGAAAAGGAAAGUGUAACACUCCAGCCGCAGACGAGCGGAUAUUUGAUGCACUGUGUUGAGGAGGCGUGCACAGAAAAAUAAUGUAAUUGCAAAUAGCGACAGCAACGGUAUAUAAAGAACAAAAUAAUUAUAAAAAGUAAUAUUAACAAGUAAUAAACACACAUUUAAAAUAAAAGUA